AUGUCUGGUGAGGAUAUGGGCAACAAUGACUUUCCGACGUUACUCUUAUGUCUAGUCAUCGGUGCGGCGGUUAUCGCUCAGGACAUGGACGACAAUCUGGUGGUUGUCGACGACGAAUUGGAUACCGACUCAAGCGAACUGGAUCUGGCAGUGGCCGAGUCGGGAGGCGGCGGAAAAGCGGGCGGAGCUGCGGCAGCUGCCGGUGCCAAAGCGGCCAAAGCUGGAGCCGCGGCGGCCGCUGCCGGAGCUAAAGGAGCCGCAGCUGCCGGUGCUAAAGCAGCCAAAUCUGGCGGAUUCGCAACAGGAGGCGCAGCGGCCGCUGCCGGCGGCAAAAAGGGUGCCAAAGCGGGCGCUUUUGGUGCGGCCGGUUCAAAGUUUGCCAAAGGCGGCAAAAAGGGAAAGUUCGCCAAAGCGUUCGGUGCCGGCCAUAAUGCCAAGUUCGGGUCGGUCAAGACAUUCGGUAUGGCCCAGGGAUUCAAGUUCGGUAAGGCCGGCGGUGGAUUUGCCGCUGGCGGUGCUGCCGGUGGUGGAGCUAAAAAGGCAGGCUGGGCCGGAGCUGCCGGUGCCGCCGGUGCGGCCAAGGCUGGCAAAGCUGGCAAAAAGGCUGCAGCGGCUGCAGCUGGCGCUAAAGCAGGCGCUAAGGCGGCUGCCGGAGCCAAAGCUGCCGGUGCUAAGGCUGCUGCUGCCGGCGCUAAGGCAUCGGCAGCUAAAAAGGCUGGCACUGGCGGCGGUCUAUUCGGUUGA